AUGAACGCCGAGGCUUAUCUGCGCAAGCAAGGCUGGCAGGGCUCAGGUCACUCGCUCGACCAAACCGGCCGCGGCAUCAAGAAGCCGCUUCUCAUCGCCCACAAGAACGACCAGCUCGGACUCGGCAAGAAGAAGGCGGCGCAUACGACAGACGACCAGUGGUGGUUGCGCGCAUUUGACCAGAGUCUGCAGAGCAUUGGUACAGGCAAGGACAGCACGCUUGACCAGAUCCGCACCCAAGGCAUCUAUCGCGGAGGUCUCUAUGGCUUCUUCGUAAAGGGCGAGAUGAUUGGAGGUACGAUUGGAGAAUCCUCAGCGACCACCACAGACGCAUCGAAUCCCGCUUCCGGCGCAAGCACGCCUCCCACAUCCGCAUCCGACACCGAAACGCCCGCGCCUACCAAGGGGAAAACCGACAAAAAGAAGAAGCGCAAGCGAGACGAGGGAGAUGCCUCGGUUAGCAAAAAGGCGAAGAGCGACGCGGUCGAAUCGAAGAAUGAACAAAGCUCGGCGGCAGUCACGGGCAAAGACCUGAAGGCCGUAACGAAGAAGCUUGCGAAGCUGAAAACCGAAGAAAAAGCCGAGUACGAGACGCGCGCGAAAGCAAAGGGCCAGACACUCGAGCAAUACGUCCUCCGUCGCAUCCAGAAGAAGUCAGAAACGCGCGCUCCUAAGCCAGUAGAAAAAAUCAAGGAGAAGAAAUCGAAGUCGGAUAAAAAGGAGAAGAAGAGCAAGAAGGCGCAAUAA